GGCGGGCCCGGGCCGGAGCGGCGCCCCGCCGCGGGGGCCGGGGCUGCGGGAAUCGGCGCCGUAGGGCCGCGUGGCUGCUGUCUGCCAAGCCCCUUCACACCAAGCCUGCCUAUGGCCCAGGAUGGUGAUGCGGCUGUGCUGGGAUGCUGAACUAGUUCUCUGCCUUCCUUCCUGCUGACAGGAAGCAACAACUUUAUAUGGCUCAUGUCUGACAACAUGCACCACCAGUGGCUGCUUCUAGCUGCAUGCUUUUGGGUGAUAUUCAUGUUCAUGGUUGCCAGCAAGUUUAUCACAUUGACUUUUAAAGAUCCAGAUGGCUAUGGUGCCAAACAAGAGCCAUUAAUACUGACAGCUGUGACAAAAGUGGAGGAGGCACGUGUGCCAGAGGAAAAACAUUGGACUAAAGAAUUCCAGCCUACUGGAAAAGCUUUCACUGGAAAUCUGCUACACCAUCCCUUGGUUCAUAUGGAAAGACUUGAGCUUCUCCGGAAUGUCUGCAGAGACACUGCAUUGAGUAAUCUCUCUCACACUGCGGUUUCCAAAUUCGUCUUGGACCGAAUAUUUGUGUGUGACAAGCACAAGAUCCUGUUUUGUCAGACGCCAAAAGUGGGCAACACUCAGUGGAAAAAAGUCUUGAUCGUUUUAAAUGGAGCAUAUUCUUCCAUAGACGAGAUCCCCGAAAGCAUUGUACAUGAUCAUGAGAAAAAUGGCCUUCCACGUCUGUCCUCCUUCAGUGACUCUGAAAUUAAAAAGCGACUGAAUUUAUACUUCAAGUUUUUUAUUGUUAGAGAUCCAUUUGAAAGACUCAUUUCUGCAUUUAAAGACAAGUUUGUGCACAAUCCUCGCUUUGAGCCUUGGUACCGACACGAAAUUGCUCCCAGCAUCAUUCGUAAGUACAGAAGAAAUCGCCUGGAGACCAAAGGGCUGCAGUUUGAGGAUUUUGUUCGCUAUCUGGGUGACCCCAAUCACCGAUGGCUGGAUGUCCAGUUUGGUGAUCACAUUAUUCACUGGGUAACCUAUGUGGAACUCUGUGCCCCCUGCGAAAUCACGUACAGUGUGAUUGGACACCAUGAAACCCUGGAGGACGAUGCUCCCUACAUUUUGAAAGCAGCCGGCAUAGACCGUCUGGUAUCGUACCCCACGAUUCCGCCAGGCAUAACAGUGUACAACAAAACAAAAGUAGAGAGGUACUUUUCAGGAAUCAGCAAGAGAGACAUAAGACGCCUCUAUGCUCGGUUUGAAGGCGACUUUAAACUCUUUGGGUAUCAGGAGCCAGAUUUCUUGUUUAAGUGAUGUUUGGGAGAAGCUCUGGAGAAGUGUCUUAAUUGAAACCUGUGUGAAUACCAGCUGCAACACUGACAGAGAUGAGAAUGACCUUUUGUUUUCUAGCUUUUUGAUGUUGCUCCGUUCUUCCAUGAAACAUGUGUCAUAUGAAGAGUUAGGGGCUUAAAGUUGUUGCUUACUGACUGUAUUUUCAAUAUGUGACACUGCAGUCUGUUAGGAAUGAAGUCAGUUAUCUAAAACACAGGAUUUCACUUCUCUCCCUUCCUUGCAGGGGAAAAGAAAAAAAAAGGGAAAAACAAAUGGACAAUAGUCUUCCUUCUCCUUCUCCCAGGCAGAAUGCAAUUUAAAAAUGUUGUGAAGUAUUUAUAAAGAUGGCAAUUUCAUUGCAGGUUAAUGCUGACAUGUUUGUGAGCUCGAUGAUUCAUGCUCAUGAGAAGGGCAUGCAGUCUCCCAUGAGCUUUGAAAAUUAGAGGCCAGUACAGGACUAAAGACUGAUUGAAUGCUUUACAAGUAAAAUCAUCUAGUUUCUGUCAUGUGGCUGCUAUAAUAAUAGAAAUGCUGAUCUAAUCCCAUUUUUGUUUGUCACAAAGUGAACCUAAUUAGACAGAAGCUUUAGAACUGUUCAGAAAGGGGCUGGUUCUAAAGCCCAGUUAUCUUUGUACUUUUGUCAAGUGUUUACUGUACUUACUACUGGUCUAUUGAGCAUCAUCAUUCUACCUUUGAUUUUCAAGGUAUUAUUUAACUCCUGGCUAUGUAAGUUAUCUGAGAACACCAGAAUCAAAUGGAGCAUAGGAGAAUAUGCAUAGAAAUAUGAAGCCGUUAGGGGAACCUUAAGGAAAAUUAAUUUAAAAUAAAGAAUUAGUUGUAUUUGUGGGAGCACAUACAGAAAUCAAAGAUGCCACACAUUUUGUUUUGUCUUCUAACAGUCAAGAUCAAUAAAGAAGCCACAAAAGCAGGUUGACAUAUGGAAGAGCUGCUAAAGUUACUUGGAUUAAUGGUCUUCCUUUUUCUUAUAUCCUGCCUUGCUCAGAGUUCUGUACCGUGCAGAACAGAACGUUUGUUUCCCUCUGAAAAUCUAUUCCCCUAUUGCUGAAGUAGGCAGUAUUUGGAUCCUUCUGUUUUCAUUCACUGCCAUGGUGCCUGGAGUUUUAAAAGUCCAACAUUUGUGUUACCAACAGGUGAGGUGGCAGCUUGCCAGGAGUGUGAAUUUCACUUACAUUUCUGUACGUGUUUUGUGUGUCAAAAAAACAGCAAACCAGAACUGAAUGAAUGCAGCCAUAAUAAUUGCCUGUGCUUGCAUUCUGCCCAAUAAGGAGUUGUCCCAUGUUUGAGCUCACCAGCAAUAAGCAUCAGCGUGCUGCUGCCUCAUCCUGCAGUUCAUGGGAGAGAGACCACAAGCCCAGACUGCAGCCAUCGAUCUGUCCAAAGUGAGCAUGCAACCUGUGCUCUAAAAUCCUGAUCCUAAAGGAUUACUUUUCAGAUCAGUGUAACGUUGCUGGCUGGAAACGCUGCUGGCUGUCAGUGCUAUGGAAUCUGCUUUUCAGUGCAGCCCCAGCAUGUUUUCCAUAGCUUCUCUAUCAGCACAAGGAAGCAUCUUGGACUUGUGAAAAAGGAAAGCUGUGCCCAGCUGACAUGGGCUGCCAUCUGCAGAAAGGAAGCCCUGUUGUAGCUUGGAUGUGGUUUCAGAAAGAUCCCAACAGUCUCACUGAAAUGAGAGAGGAUCACUCACUGAGCAUCAUGAGAAGAGAACAGUCCCAGGUGGCAAAUCUCCAAAGGUGGGAUGAUUAUUAUUAUUAUUUUGAGAAAAAGCAAUGGUUACAGUGCCCUAACUUGUUAGUUCUUAACAAACGAUAAAAAGAUGUUAACAGCUCCAGGUUUCUCUGUUUUUCUUAAUAUGGGAGCUUAGCAAAAUGUAUUGUUAAACACAUUUUGGAGCUAAUGAGCUGAUCAAUUACCUCUCUGCGGAUCUAAAAUGUAACAGUGUGAAUGAUGUAUAGUGAAUUCAGGCCUUAAAAGUUUAAUUCUAAUAAAGAUGAAAGUAGAAUUGUUUUCCACUGAAAGCAUAAGUUACUGAUACAAAUGUAUCUGGUUUUAUUGUCUCGGGUAAAUUACUUCAUGUAUCAAUUGUUUAAAAAUGGCCAGGUGGGAAGUGCUGCAUGAAUCUCCACUAACAGCAUCUUUUUUUUUUUUUUUCUAAUGGCUUUCUGAGUUGAGUUCUCUGGGCUCCUGAGACUGAAGGAAUUCGUUCCAGUGCAGGCAGAGUGGGCAGAGUAUGCUGCGUUGGGAAGGAGGCUCUUGCUCUGCUAGUUAUAAUAAAUUAAAUGGCUGUGUUUUAUUUUAACUUAUUGGGACACUGUGCAAGGCUUUUACAAAUUCAGUGGUGUGUAUGAAUGCCAUUAGGACAUCAUUUGCCUAGCAAAUACAGGUAAUAUUUGUGGUAUACUUGGGGAACUCCUGGACUUAAUUCUUGUUUUAUGCCUAUCUCUGUCUCUGGGUAUGGCUUCUUUGUUGGUUUGUUUUGUUUUGGGUUUUUUUUUGGUGGUUGUUUGUUUUGUUUUUGUUUUUUCUCAGCAGCUUUUGAAUCCUUUGGCCAAUUGGAACAUUAACUGGAACAAAGGAGAGUUGAACUUUUAUAGGAUCACUGAAUCGUUAGGAUCAGAAAAGACCUCUCAGAUCACUCAGUCCAACUGUCAGCCCACCCCCACCAUGCCCACUGCCCACAUCCCUCAGUGCCACAUCCACACGGUUCUUGAACACCUCCAGGGAUGGU